AUGUUGCCUACUACUCGAGAGUCUGUUACCGGUGGUACCAAGGGCAAGAGAAGAAAGAUCAUCAAAUCAUGCGCAUUUUGUAGAAAGAGGAAACUGAAAUGCAAUCAGGUCAGGCCCAUGUGCCAGCAAUGCGUGCUCAGAAAAUUGCCACAAUGCAUAUAUACCGAAGAGUUCAACUAUCCCUUAUCUAAUACGGAAUUGUUCGGCCAGAUGCCUAACGUUACAUUGGUUCAGAAAAUUCAAAAUUUACAAAGCCUAUUGAAGGAAAACGAUAACGAUGAUGCUGAACCGGUCCCUCGCAGAAGUCCAGAUAAUCCGCUAUGGCUACUUCGUACUCCAGUUUUGGGCGAGAAUGGCUCGAUGUAUGUAUUUGGCCCCACUUCCUGGAAAACGUUAUCUUUGUUCGAACCAAAUAAAUUUCAAACAGAAUUCCAGAAUUUGUGGGCAAUCUUGAAACCACUUUCCGAAUGCCAUAAACCCCGGCUCAACGAGACUUGUAUUACCCCUGAUUUGCCCACUUUUACCGAACUGAAAAGUUGUGUUGAUUCUUUUUUCAAUAGUUCGCUGUUUGAUUUAUUGCGUAUUGUCAACAAGGAUGAUAUUCUGCCCCUUUUAAACAAAAUCUUCAUUAGAGAUACCACUAACGAUGAUCUCAUUGUUCUCCUCAAUCCGACAGACGACCCAAAAGAUAAAUAUAAUCUUGGCAUUAUACUGCAAAUCCUCUGCCUGGAAUACUAUAAUCAAAAUGUCCCAUCUUCAGUAAAUCAUUUCAUCCAUGGUUUAACUGCGGCAUCCUUGUCAUCGUCCAGCUCAAACUUCAUCGAAAGACUACAAUUUUUUUUGUUGUCUUAUAUCAGUAUAAUGAUUAAUUGCACAGACGGUGUGUGGGAUGCUACUCAGGGUAUUGAUUUGAUCGGUGAGUUAUGCCAGGCGUGCAUCAGUUUGGGUUUGAACGAUAUUGACAAGUGGUACCUGAACGAAAAGCAGGAGGUCAGGAAAAACUUGAAAUAUAUAUGGUUUUGGACCUUAUUCCUUGAUGUUUCAUGUUCAUAUGAUGUAGGAAAACCCCCGUAUAUUUCUGAUGACGUUUUAGACUUGAAUACAUUUGUCGCACAUGAUUAUGAAUUACCAGGCAUAGACUCCAAGAGUAUGAAGUUGAUGCACGAAUUUUUAAAGGUGUCUCGAUUUGUUACUCGUGAGAUUCAUAAAAGAGAAAUGAAUGAGAAAAUUUCCGCUCUUUCAUUGAGAUUGAUUGAAUUCAUUCAAUCCAAUUUUUCGCCCAUCGAGCAUUAUACGAAUCUAGCUUACUACUCAGACAUUGAUCCGUUUGAUAUAUUAAUACUGUCAAGAGCUCUGAGUAUGGUUGCUAGCAUAUCCAAUAUUCAAAUGGUCAUUACUCAACAUAGUAAAAUCAUAGAUAAGAACAGAAUGGUUCAGUAUCUCCUGAUAUCAAUAUCGGUUUGUGUUAAUACAAUUUUAUUUAAUUUUGAGAAAUCUAUCAACAAGCAAGAAGACGCUUUAUCUGAAGGAUUAAAGCUAUCAAUUGUCUUAAUCAAUCCCCUUUUAAUACGGAUAAUAUCGCAGGUUUAUGGCUUAGCCUUCCAUAGGUUAAUUUUCAGGGAGAAAGGGUUUCUUUUCCUCAUUGAUCUUGACACGGGAGAGAAAAUCCAAUUUAUUAAGUAUGAAGAAGAAAACUUCGAUGAAAUGCUAAUAGGAUUUGACGUCAGAACUGAUAAAUUCUUGUCAUUUUCGGGCACAAUAAUUAAAUUUUACGAGAUUAUCGAUAAUUUAUUUACUUCUACCGAAAGAAACAAACGGCUCUUUGGAGCUGUUUCCAAUUUCUAUCAAUUAACUUCAACCUUGGCGUUUGAACGGGUAAGUAGAGUCUUGUUUGAUAAAGCCUCACAGGCAAGAAUAGAAACUGAAAGAUUUUGGUUGAAAAAGGGUAUUAACAUGAAACAGUUUAGUGAUCUCAUGAUUGAGGAUUUUAUCAAUGAUGUUUGGAAAACUUUCAAAAAUAUUUCCGAAGAUCUCUGGUUUAUUGACAAAAAGGAAUUUUAUAGACAAUACCAUUUUGAUUUGUAA